AUGGCUACCGACAAGACGAUGCCCAUAGCCAUCAUUGGCAUGAACAUGAAGUUCCCAGGUGACGCAGUAUCGUCACAAGCCUUCUGGGAACUAGUAAUGAGCGGGAGGAAUGUAUCUAAAGAGAUACCCGCCGACCGGUUCAACAUAGAUGGCACGGAGUCCCUGUCUUUCUAUCACCCCGACCCAAACCGACUAGACAGCCUACGCAUACGCCAUGCCCAUUUCAUGGAAGAAGACCCACGCAGUUUCGACGCCCCCUUCUUCAACAUGUCAUACGCAGAGGCAUCGGUUCUCGAUCCGCAACAGCGCGGCCUCCUCGAGGGUGCCUACCGCACAUUUGAAAACGCAGGCAUUCCAGUGGAAACGCUGCCUCGCUCCCGCACAUCUGUCUACUGUGCCUCGUUUUCGCGCGACGGUGAAACAAUCACCGGCCGUGACUUCUCUGCUCAGUCCCGCUACCAUGCCACAGCCAAUGGCUCGUCGAUGCUGAGCAACCGCAUCAGUCACUUUUUCGACCUCGCCGGCCCUUCGCUGACCGUCGAUACAGCCUGCUCAUCAGGCUUGUACGCGCUACACCUUGGUGCCCAGAGCAUUCUUACAGGCGAGAGCGCCAUGUCGCUUGUCUGCGGCGCGAAUACAUUUAUCACGCCUGAGAGCCAGGCGCUCGCACUUAGCAAUGGCGGGUUUUUAAGUGUUGAUGGUAAGAGCUACAGCUUCGAUGCGAAGGCGAAUGGGUAUGCAAGGGGAGAGGGUUUUGGAUUCGUGUUGCUGAAGCCACUGGAUGCUGCACUGAAGGAUGGGGACGUUGUGAGGGCAGUUAUCCGAGCAACAGGUGCAAACCAGGAUGGUAGAACACCGAGUAUCACACAACCGAGCCAGCAGGCACAGUUUGAUUUGCUGCGUGAUACAUAUCGCGUUGCGGGGCUUGAUGUGGCCGAUACGGAUUAUGUUGAGGCUCACGGCACUGGAACACCAGUCGGUGACCCAAUUGAAGCGGCUGCUAUAGGGCAAGCUUUCCGCGAGGGCCGCAAGCCUGACAGGCCGCUUUAUGUGGGUUCGGUAAAGGCGAACAUAGGUCACUUGGAAGGUGCUUCUGGCAUGGCUGGUGUCAUCAAAGCUGUUCUGGCGCUAGAGAACGCGGUGAUUCCACCGAUUGCCAUGUUCGAGAAGGCAAAUCCUGCUAUUGAUGUAGAGGGUUUCCAGCUUGCGUUUCCCAAGGAAGCGAUCCCAUGGCCGACAGGAGAUAUUCGCAGAGCAUCUGUCAGCUCCUUUGGAUAUGGAGGUAGUAACGCCCAUGUGAUCCUCGACGAUGCCAACGGUCACACCAAUGGCAACGGUGCUCUUCCAUCCGCAACCCCCUACGCCAUCAUCCCCUUCUCAGCCGCAGACAGCGACGGCACGAAGCGGCAGGCAGAAGCGCUCCAAACUUUCUUCUCUUCACACAAGGCCCGCGACACGGCAAACUUCCUCUCAGACCUAACAUACACCCUCUCCUCACAUAGAUCCUUGCUCAAAUUCCGUUCUUUUGCCGUCGUCUCGUCCCUCGCGGAUGAUCUUACGACCCUCGUCUCACCCAGCACCUUCAGCAGCACCUCGUCGGUCCCCGACCUCUCUUUCGUCUUUACAGGGCAGGGCGCCCAAUAUGCCCGCAUGGCCACUGGCCUCCUGCACUACCCUAUCUUCCGCCAAAGUCUCCUCGACUGUGAUGCCUAUCUCACCACCCUCGGCAGCACCUGGUCUGUGCUAGAAGAGCUUGAGAAGAACAAGGACGCCAGCAAAGUGGACAAGCCAGCGCUAUCACAGCCCCUCUGCACCGCUAUCCAAAUCGCUCUCGUCGAUCUGCUGCGCACUUGGGAUAUUGCUCCCCGCUCCGUGGUUGGGCAUUCGUCGGGCGAGGUCGCGGCCGCGUACUGUGCGGGUGGGCUCGAUCGCGAGAGUGCGUGGAAGGUAGCGUAUUUCCGCGGUGUUGUGGCCGACAAGCUGGUUUCCGACCCAGCGAGAGAAGCGACAACGAUGAUGUCGGUGGGUUUGGGCAAGGAGGCUGUCCAGGCGUAUCUGAAGGCUGAGCCGACAGUGACGGUCGCUUGUGAAAACAGCCCCAUCAACGUCACGUUGUCAGGUCCGACAGCGGCGAUUGCAUGCUUAUUUGAGAAGUUGGAUGCCGAAGAGGUCUUUGCACGGAAACUGCCUGUGAAAAUUGGGUAUCACUCCGAGGCGCUGCGGGAUGGUGCCGUUGAAUAUGAGGGUCUGCUGACUGGAAUAUGCGCGCCGGUGAGAGACAGCAAGGAGCCAAGCACUGUUGCAUUCUUCUCCUCAACAGAGGGCGGCUUCAUUACACUAGGGAGUCUUGCAAGGCCGAGCUACUGGGUAAAGAACCUGUUGUCCCCAGUCCUCUUCACCGACGCCGUAACAGCGCUAGUCAGUGAGCGGAAGCAAGCCACCAAGUUCCUCAUCGAGAUAGGCCCGCAGUCUGCUCUUCGACGGCCCGUCAAAGACAUCCUCACGCACCUUGGGGAGGGCGAGGAUAAAUGGUCAUACGCUGCUGUGCUGAAUCCUCGUCAGCACGACAUACGCUCACUGCUCGAAACCAUCGGUAGCCUCUGGAGCGGCGGCCUCCCUAUCGACCUCAACAUACCCAACCAAGCGACUCUCAAGCCCAAAGCCCAGCCGAAACGCUUGACAGAUCUCCCGUCCUAUUCCUUCUCCCGGGCCAAGCUCUACUGGGACGAGCCACGUCUCAGUGCCCUCUACUCCAAGCGGCCCUUUCGGCGUCACGCCCUCCUCGGCUUACGCGAGAACGACUUCAACACUGCGCAACCAACCUGGCACCACAAAAUCCGCCUCGCUGAAGCACCUUGGAUUCUUGACCAUGCUCUUGAAGGCUCACCGCUCUACCCCGGCACAGGUAUGCUGGUGAUGGCCAUCGAAGCCACACGGCAGCUGAUCCCGCCCAACGCAGCGAUCAGUGGGUAUAAACUCGAAAAUGUACGGUUUAUGCGCUCGAUUCCUGUGAACGAGACGGAAAAAGGCACAGAGGCAAAAAUCUAUCUCCAGCCGCGCCGGCACACAGCCAAAGACGCUGCGCAGGGCGUUUAUGACUGGCGAGUAUUUACGCUCGGUGGCGACGAGUGGAUUGAGUGUGCGUUUGGAAGCAUUCGUGUCGAGCUGGAGGAUGGCGACGACUCGCCCCAGACACUUGCGCGCAAAGCCAGGUGGGUGAACGCUGUGAGGGAGGAGCACGCCAAUGCUGCAGGACAGUGCACGUUGAGUGUGCAGAGCUCACAGCUGUAUGAGAACUUGAGUAAGAAGUCAGGAUUUGACUACGGGCCGUAUUUCCAAGGCUUGCAGGACAUCAAGUACUCUCGCAACGGGUGUGCUUCUGGUACUCUUGCGCUGCGAGACUAUGCUAAGAAGAUGCCCUACGCCGCAGAAGACCCGUGUGUGAUUCACCCUACGACAUUCGACUCAGUUUUCCACGUGGGAUUUGUCUCGCUGAGCAUGGGAGGGUGGGAGGCUAUACCAACACUGAUGUUCAGCAACCUUAAGGAGCUAUGGGUCUCACACAAGCUAUUCACUCAGUCUGGUAACCCGCUGCUGCAUGUCGCCACAAGGGAGGUGGCGCGCACGUUUAGGGAGUUUGAGUGGGAUGCUAGCACCUUGCUUGCCGAGACAGGUGAGCCUGUGAUUGUAGCCAAGGGUGAGCGUGGAACUGUCAUCGCCGGUGCCGGUAGCAGCGCGCGCGACGACGACGGUGCCAGCCGCUUCUCGUAUGGCAUUGACUUCAAGCCGGACCUCUCGCUGCUAGGACCAGCCGAGACAGAGACCUAUCUAAAAGCGCUCUAUGCGCGCGACCCGCAAUUCUCGCCGGACCCAAAGGACGCCGAGGCUGUCGACCGCGCGGAUGCUAUCGCACUGUAUUUCAUUGAGCAAGCCCUGGAUAAGAUUGAGAACGGUGAGCCGGUGACGUUCGACAAUCAUUUGACCAAAUACGUGGAUUUCUUGCGCAAGGUCCGCGCAAACAGAGAGAAAUACACGUUGGCGUCGCGGGGACUUGGCCAUUUGAACAUUGAAGAUGUCUUGCGCGAGGCGGACGGAGAGCCGACGCAGAAGCUUGUGAAGAAAGCCGGCCAGCAUCUUUAUGGAAUCUUGACGGGUACAGAUAAUGCGUUGCAGAUUAUCUUUGAGGGCAAUCUUGCUAACGAUUUCUACCACUGCGACUUCUACUCGCGUCAUUACCGCAAGGCAGGCGCAUAUAUGAACAUCCUAGCACAUGGGAAUCCUCAGUUGAGAGUUUGCGAGGUUGGCGCAGGAACGGGCAGUGCCACAAGCAAGGUGCUUCCGUUCUUGGUUGACAGUGAAGGUCUUGAGGGUGAUCAAUUAGUCCGUUUCGGCGAAUAUGCCUACACUGACGUGUCAGUUGGCUUCUUCGAAAAAGCGCGCGAGAAAUUCACCUUCGCUGAGAAACACAUGCGCUUCGCCAAACUCGACCUUGAAGUAUGCCCCUCCCUCCAAGGCUUUGAGCUCGGCAGUUACGACGUGAUCUUGGCCUGUAAUGUAAUUCACACCACAUCGGAUCUCAUGAAGUGCCUCCGCGACCUGUACGCUCUCCUGCGCCCUGGUGGCAAGCUCAUCAUGAUGGAGACCACUGUUGACAACAUCCGCGACGGCAUCAUCUUUGGUUUGUUGCCAGGGUGGUGGAUGCGCGAGGGGCAUUGGUGGGAAGGCGAGGAUGUUGAUGCUGUUCCUGGGGAGGACGAGGCGCUAGGACCUAUUCUCACUGAAGAUGGAUGGGACGCUGCCUUGAAGACGGCGGGCUUCUCGGGUGUGGAUAUGAUAUUCAGGGAUAACGAGUACAAACCCCGCCACCGUGUCUCAACGCUCGUCGCAACGAGACCAGAGGAGAUUGAGUCCAAAGAUGCGAGGGAGAGCUGGGUUAUCAUCGCGGAUCCCGCACAGGCUGCACAUGCCGAUGCGCUGAAGGCGAAGCUCUCUGCUGUGCCAUGGAUCGGCGAGACCAAGACGUACACCCUCGACGGUCUGGUUGCUGCUGGGUUGGAGCUGAGCAGCACCAAUGUCAUCAGCUUACUCGAACUCGACGCCUCCCUCUUCGGUACCAUUGCAGACCCGCAAUUCGAAGCCCUCAAAAAGAUCAGCUUGGACGCUAAGAGGGUUCUCUGGGUCACGCACGGCGGAAGUCCCAGCGCCAGCAACCCUGCCGCCGAGAUGGCAGUUGGUUUCUCGAGAAGUAUCUGCUCUGAGCGAGGUGACCAGGCUUUCGUUACCCUGAGUCUGGAGACCAACAACCCGGCUGAGGGUGCAAGCCAUGUGCUCCGUCUUCUCGAGCAUUUCAACAAGGUAGGAGGCAAGAGUGCAGAUGCAGAGUCCGAGUAUGCAGUGCACAACGGUCUCAUCCACAUUCCGCGUAUCGUGCCGCAAAAGAGCGUCAACCAGACCCUCGCCGCGCGAUCAAAACUCCCAGACAAAGUCACUUUCACACUGGGCCAGGCUGCUCCCAAACCACGGAUAAACCUGACCAUCCAACAACCCGGCUUGCUCGACACCCUAUACUAUACCGAAAUCCCCACGCCCAAACCAGAACUGCAAUCUGGCGAAGUCGAGAUCGAAGUAGCAGCCGCCUCCCUCAACUUCCGUGACGUAAUGAUCUCCCUAGGCCAAAUUCCCGGUGACGGACUAGGCCUUGAAGGCUCCGGCACCGUCACUCGUGUCGGGCCCGACUGCAAAUUCUUGCAACCCGGCGACCGCGUCAUGUACUUUAUCUUCUCAACGGGUGGCUGCUGCGGCACCUAUGUGCGCUGCGACGAGGCGUCAACACGCAAGAUCCCGCGCGAGGACAUCUCCUUCCUUGACGCAGCUGCUAUUCCUGCCGUUUGGGCUACUGUUGUAUAUGCGUUUGAUUAUGUGGGCCGGCUCCGCAAGGGCGAAAGUGUUUUGAUCCAUGCAGGAGCUGGUGCAGUGGGACAAGCUGCCAUUCAGCUUGCACAGCUGCGCGAGGCAGAGGUCUUCGUCACUGUAGGGAGCGAAUGGAAGCGCGAGUUGGUGAAGGAGCUCUACGGUCUCGCGGACGACCACAUCUUCAACAGCAGAGAUUCCAGCUUUGUUGGCGAUGUUUUCCAUGCCACAGCCAACCGCGGCGUCGACGUCGUCCUCAACUCCCUCGGCGGCGAACUCCUACAACAUUCAUGGCGCUGCACUGCACCCUUUGGCCGCUUCAUCGACAUUGGCAAAGCUGACAUUCUUGCCAACAACACGCUGGAGAUGGGCCACUUCCUACGCAACGUAACCUUUGCAGCUGUUGAUGUCGCGGGAAUGUACGCUGAAAAUAAACCGCUGAUGCAACUGGUGCUCAACGACGUGUUCAGCCUGUUUGCAGCCAAUCCUAGCCUGCAUAACCCCAAGCCGCUACAUGCGUUUGCUCCGAGUAAAAUUGAGGAUGCCAUGCGCGCUUUACAGGGCGGUAAGAUUGCUGGAAAGGCAGUCAUUGACUUCCAGACGUCGGGUGAUGUGGUGGAGUAUCAGCCCGCACAGACGCCGGCCUAUGAGUUCAAGGCACAGGCUACCUAUGUUAUUAGCGGUGGACUAGGAGGUUUGGGGCGUGAGAUUAUGCGCUGGAUGGCAUCCCGUGGCGCGCGGCAUUUCCUCGUCACCUCGUCGCGAGGCGUAGCCGGGCGCGCCGACGUGAUUGCCUUCAUCAAAGAGAUGGAGGCUCAAGGUGUCGUGAUCCACGCGCCGGCGUCAGACAUCUCCAACCGCGCUGUCCUCGAGGCCACUCUGGAAGAGGCUAGCAAGACAUUACCGCCAAUCAAAGGCUGCAUCCAGGCGGCGAUGGUGCUGUCGGACAACAUGCUGUCCAACAUGACCGUCUCGCAGUUCCACCAUGCGCUAGCGCCCAAGUACCAAGGCUCCUGGAAUCUGCACGAGCUCCUGCCGAAGGACAUGGACUUUAUGGUCUUCCUAUCGUCCAUGAGUGGCAUCAUCGGUAACCCCGCCCAAGCCAACUAUGCAGCCGGCAAUACUUUCGAAGAUGCGCUCGCCCGGCACCGCGCCGCCAGUGGGCUCAAGGGCGUCUCAUUUGAUCUCGGAUUGGUCCUGGAGGCCGGUUGGGCGAGUGACAACUUUGAAGACGUGACGAAGAGUUUGCGCGCUGGACUUGGUGGAUUAACGCAGAAGCAGCUAAUGGCCAUUCUGGACGUGUUGUGUGAUCCAGCCUAUGACUGCGCGGGCGGUGCGGCGCAGGUGGUGAACAUCCAUGAUAAGCCUUCGAAGCUGUAUCGCAUGUUCCAGGAUGGUGUGUUACACUGGGUGGGUAAGCCGCUUUUCAAGAACCUCCUUCGUUUGGGUCAGGUCGAGCUGGUCAACGGCACCGGGGGUGGCAGCGACGGUGAGGCGACGGCGGUUGACUACCUCGCACUCAUCAGGGCGGCGGCUGAUGCUGAAGAAGCCGGUCAAAUUGUCACGCUGGCGUUGCUUGGAAAGUUGAGCAAGUCGCUAUCGGUGCCGGCAGAGACGCUCGAUGUCGGCAAGCCGGCGUAUGUGCUUGGUGUCGACUCGCUCAUCGCGGUCGAGCUGCGGUAUUGGUUCCUCAAGCAGUUUGGAGUGGAGGUUCCUGUCUUUGUGAUUUUGAAGAAGCAGCCGACAGUUGAUUUGUGUCGGCAUGUGGCGGAACAGGUUAUUGCAGCCAAGUAA